AGCGUGUGUUUGCGCGCGUCCAACGUGUUUGUGUGUGUGUGUCUAACAUAGACGAGUGUCUUUCAAGGAUACCUAUCUGACGAAACCCUCACUUAAACUAAUCCUUGCUCUUCAAAUUUGCACUGCACUUUCACUGCUUGAUUGAUGAACCUCGGGAAGUGCUGUUAGGAUUAUUCCGCCGUCAUGGGGUAGUUACUUUAUAACCGAUUCAUGACAUUUUGACAGCUUUGCGAAACUGGUUUGACAACAUGGGAUGCAAUACACUUGCGUUUAUCAGACUUGUAGACGGUCGAUUAAGGUCGUCAGCAGCGGAAGAGUGUUUGAGAAGAUUCUACUGACGGUAAUGCACGUCUAAUUUGAGAACUAAAUACAAGAGAGCUGCUGCUGCCGCAGUCGUGUUGUUCCAAAUGGACAUGCAGACGGGACGUGGAGUUCGUCUGUCGCUAAAGCAAAGAUAUAUUCUACUGCUCAUCGCUGCCGGAUUAAUUAUCGCAUAUCAAUUUACAAGGUAAGGGGCAUAUCAGCUUGCAGAAAACUUCUUCAACAUGUCGUGGAGUCUUAACAAAAGUCAUGCGUGAAAGAGCUGGUCUGGAUGAGCUCCCCGCCCACAGAGUCAAAGUAACCUCUGCACAGCUGUUUUUGCUUGAUGAUGAAAUCGACUGAAUUUUACCACUUGCUUAAAGGAUCUGACCAAAUUCGCUAUUGCACUCCACCUGAAGCUUUGUUGACAUUGCGCAUGACGCGUAACAGCUGUGUACCUGUUGCUGUUUGUCCCCACGUACUUCCUGGUUGGAGGUCUUUCAAACCGUCAUGCAAAUCUCUCUGCAUUUGUUUUUAUUCACUGUUGCUCAGAAUAAGGUCAUACUGUUUUUUAAUUUUCAGGCUGAACUAUUUACCAUGCUAAGAAAGUUCCCUUACAAUCAUAACUCACUAACCAUGUGGGGCAAAAGGACAGUCAAUGACCUGCAAAAUGACAAAGAACUGCUCUUUAUCUGCUGGUUGUCUCCUUUGUCCCAGAUGUUGCUUUCCUUGUUAGGGUUGAGUUCAAAUACAGAGAUAAUACAGGUCACUCCUACCAUAAAAGCCACCUUUCACCACCAUACUUUUUUUGUAAAUUGGACUCUUUACAGGUUCAGCAGGUUGAGAUAUUGUGCUCAAGGGAAUAUUCAUUCACAAGCUUGCACUACUGUGCCUCCAAAUUUUUUUAAAAUAUAUUUUAAUCCAGUAAAAACGAUUCAAGGAGUUAUUAUUUUUAUUUUUGUGCUGUAAAUUAUCCUCCAGGAAUCGCCCUGAAACAAGAAAAAUGGCCCGCAUUGAGGGUCUAAGGGCAAACACGUCUCAGUUCACCCUGGAGAGAAAACCCUUCCGCAUCCUGGGUGGCUCUAUCCAUUACUUUCGAGUCCCCAGAGCAUACUGGGAGGACCGUCUGCUGAAGAUGAAGGCCUGUGGCAUCAAUACUCUCACAACGUAAGGUCCCACUGCAGCUCACGGCUGGUUGAAUACUCUACCCUUCUAUCACUAGAAUGAAUGGAGCAGUUUGUUUUGAUGGCGAUCGUACAGAGAUUUCUGAGACUUGAAGACUGAGAAGUAUUUGCAAAGAAUACCUUUAUGUAAUUAUUGAUUUUCUUCACAAAAAGUGACACAAACCACAGAAAUGUAUUCACUUCAAUUUGGCACACUACUGUUUUUUAAACCACUUAACAUUCAUUAACCCUUUAAUGCCUUUUGCAUCAUAUUUGAUACAUACUUUUAUAUACUUCUGUCAAUAUGAGCAACAAAUUUCUAAAAAAAACACCUGAAUACAGUCUGAUAAAUGAUAAAAAUGUCCUCUUGUAGUUUAUUACUUUCCAAAAACAUCUGAUGUAAGAAACGAGAUAAAUAAAUAUAUUUGUUAAAUUUUAAGGACUUUUUGAUUUUCAGUAGUAAGUAAACAUUUCAGUUCCAAAAAAAAUUGAAUUUUCUGGCCAUAAUUUGUGGUGUCAGGCAUUAAAGGGUUAAGAUUAACCUUCAUUCAGUACAUUAAAACUUCUAUCUCUUUUAUACAGGUAUGUGCCCUGGAAUCUUCAUGAACCUGAGCGAGGGGUGUUCAACUUUGAGGAUCAGCUGGAUUUGGAGUAAGACAUCAGGAGGGAGGACUUUCAAAAAUGUGCACUCUUCGCCCCUGCAGAUGGCACUGUUGCAUAACAAAAGGGCUCAUUUGUUGGAUAACGUGAUACCUCUGAGGAGGUGUUUGUUUACCCUCAAGAAAGCUUUUUGAUAAAUUAGUUGUGUUCUAACGUAGUAUCAGUGAUUCUCAAUUAAUUGAUAAUGAUAGCCUUGAUCCAAGUGAUACAGGGCUUGCUUGGGCAUAAUUUGAAUUGGAAAUAUGAUCUUAAUAGAAAGAUUAUUGAGUAAAAAUUUUCAGAAGAGUAGAGUUAUAUUCUAGUUUGAACAUCAGCUUGAUUAAGUAUUGAAAAUCAUUAUUAGCUGUCACUCUUUAUCAUCAGUGGGACAAAUUUAUAAAUUGAUACAUGCAUUGUUAUUGAAGGACUCAGCUCACAGCAAAUUUCAUAUCUGUCUCUCAGGGCUUACCUCCGCCUGGCAGCCAGUCUGGGCCUCUGGGUGAUCCUGCGUCCAGGGCCGUACAUAUGUGCUGAGUGGGAUUUAGGUGGCCUACCCAGGUAAAGAUCAGAGCAACAGCUAAGAUCUACUUAUGUGUGUUACACAACUACAACAACAUAUCUAUACAUAAUUUAAAAUAGCCAGUGGGUUACAAAAUGAAUCCCUUAAAUUGGCUUGGAAAUGAUUUCUUCAGUCAGGUAAUCUGUUUGUUAGAGGAAUCUUUGCUGCAGGCUAAAUCCAUUCAACUCAUGGAAGUAACUCAUGGUUUGGUGUUUUUUACAUGUAGUUUGCUGGCACUAUUAUGUGUUGCUUCGUGCUGCACGACAAAGAACUGAUCUCGCUUAGAUAAGCCCAUCGUGCAGUACGGAAUAUAUAAGCAUUUUUUCCUUGCCCCCCACCCCCAACUAGUGUUAACCAGUUUCUCUUAAUACCCCACCAGAUUAGGCCUACAUGCAUGUGUUUGGGCCAGAAGAAGUGAGGAAAUUAUGCAGCAAGUAUAUAAUCAUUAUUUUAGUUGAUAGGCGAUGACUUUAGAGCAGGCAAAGGUUUGCACAUCCCUUGAGAUCUCUGGUACCUCCUAAUAGCCUCAGGUGGGAACAAAUAGUAUACGAUGAAGUUAGGGUGAUGAUACGUCCUCUUUUACCUGACAUGUCCUCUAUUUUGGGGGCUGUCCGGGUUUGUCAGGGAAGUUUAUAAAAUCCCUCAAAUGUCUGUGGUUUUGUACAUGAAUUUUGAGGUUGUGUCACAUGAACUUACUGAGUUAGAGGCGUGUAAAAGACACUCGAUCCGACCCGAAAAACUCUCAAAAUUAACUUCAUGACUCCGCCCCCGCGUCGUCGCGUCCUCUUUUUAGGAAGUCAUAAUAUGGUCACUCUAGAUAAAGUUCUUUGCGUGAAAUGUAGGGCAUCUUGUGAUUUGACAGUAUGCAUAAUCUGAAGCACUGCUAUCCUCAGAAUACAGUCACUAAUAUUUUCCAGACCUUAAGUCAGGUGAUUGAGGGACCCAACAAUUAAAAAUGUGUGUCUCUGGCCUCUUUUCCCAAAACAUUGAAUACGUAUUGUGCUUUUUAAUAAAAGCAGAUUUGGACAGUUGACAGGGUGAAUUCUGGAGGUGAAACUUUUAAAAGUGAAUAUUUUUGGAGUAGAAUUUUUGACAGGAAAUCAUGGCUAUAGAUUGUUGAAAUUUGACUAGUUAAAUCAGCGUUCUCAAGGGUUUGCAGUUAAGCAUGACGUCUUCUGUCAUGCAUGGAGAUAUUAGUGAUGCACAGGUUUGCGAUUUUAUACAGCACAGCUCUUGUAAAUGUGUGAGAUGUUUUUUUUUCUCUUUUUUUAAUAUAUAUUUGAAAUGUGUUUUGUGAUCUUUAUUUUCAGCUGGCUUCUGCGGGAUCAAAACAUGAAACUAAGAACAACCUACCCAGGAUUUACUCGUGCGGUGGACUCCUUCUUUGAUCAGCUUAUUAAGAGAGCUGUUCCACAUCAGGUUCUUCCAUUUAAGUUUAAUAAAAUGACAAAAAACUGCCAGCAUACCCCUGUUUUAAACUUUGUUAUUUUGAUAAAAGCAUAAUUGUGUACACAGUUACGGUUAAAGAACUAUGUGGCGUUAUCCUGUCAGCUGUACAAUACACCAACAACUGACAUACUGUAGGUUGACUAAUGACCUCUAGGCCUUGUACUUCCUUACUCUCAAGCAAAAUCUCAUUUCCAUUUUGUGGUGUCUUUAUUCAUUGGCUAAUCACUGCACAGUACUCCAAGGGUGGUCCAAUUAUCGCAGUUCAAGUGGAGAAUGAAUAUGGCACCUAUGCAAAAGAUGAAGCCUAUAUGCCUUUCAUCAAGGAGGUAAGAAGUAUUAUGCAAUCGUUUCAUUUAUCAUUGGUAGUUCAAAGAUAAGAUUGCAUUCAUUUACCUCACUGUGGCCUGUACCUGUACAGUCUCUCGCUUUUCUAUCUUUCAAAGAAAAGUCAAUGUUUUUUUUUUCUUUUAGUUUCGACAGAAUAUCCAGCAUUUUGUUGAGUUGUCUCUGUAAUCCCUCUUCUUUCCAGGCAUUAUUGUCAAGGGGCAUCACAGAGCAGCUGCUGACCUCAGACAACAAGGAGGGACUAACGCUUGGAGCAGUGAAAGGAGGUAUUGUCAGAUAGGCAGACAAACAAACACGUACACACACACAAACACACACACACACAGUAUUGCGGAUGGUGUAUUGUGUUUUUGCACAACGAUGAGAGGUCGGAGCCAAGCCCAGCCCGGUGUCAGGCAGCUGCAGUACAGAACCAAAUUCUACUCUCAAAGGAUUCUGUGUUGUUCCAUUAAGUUUGUUUUUUUUACCCACCCUUGCAAAAAAUUUAUGCAGUGAAAUAAAAGUCUCCUUUGUUUUCCUUCCAUUACACAUUUGCUAUUUCAUUAGACCUUUACAGGCAGCCGGUAAUGCUAUCUUUAUAAUACCAUUAUAAGAUUGCUCUUCACUUGAGAUGGUACGUAUAAAAGAUUUUUGUUCUCAUUGCGAGGCUGUGAGUCAUCAUAAUCACAAGAUAGAAUUUCUUCUUGUAAUUCACUCAAUUUCCAAUGCAUGUCUAAAACCGUAAUUAAUAUAUAAAAUAUACAUUUUUUCUGUUCUCUGCUUUGCAUCUUUAUUCGCUUGUGCAUAGCAGCAGUUUGAAAAGUUGUGGUUUGCCUUGUAGGCUGAAUACAAAUGACUAAACUUUGAGUGCUGAAGAGUAUAUUUCUGGAUAUUGAAAUGAAACUUCUUUUUUUCUAAAAGACAGAAGAUGAGAUGAAUAUGUGAAGGUUUUGGUGCAAUUCUGUACAGUACCCAUGCUGUUGAUGUUUGAAAUGUUGGUUGUUCCAUGAUUUGUUUUCCCUUUUUGCCCCUAAGGGUUAGAAACCCUAAAUUUCCAGAAGCUGGACAUGAGUGAUAUCAAGUAUCUGGAGAAAGUGCAAGUAAGUUAUAUUUGUUUCCAACUGUCCAAAUUAGUGUUGCAAUUAUCCUACAAUUUAUGUUUGUGAAAUUUUGCUUUCAUUGCUAGUUUCUGCUCUUAUCAGACAUCAAGCUUUAAGACAUAAAACAUUUGAAAUACUCUCAAAGUAACUCCCAGUUAAAAUAUUCAUGCUGUAUUUGGCCACUUACAUAGCUUAUUGGGGAAAACCCUUUGACUGUAUAUAGAAUGGACAGCUGCCUCCACGCUGGGUGAAGCCACUCCGAGAACAGCACCCUCUGGUGACAGGCUGCAGUAUAGGUCCUAAAUCCCGCCUCCUCCAGCAAUCCCCAUGGAGCUGUGGAUAAAAUGGGGAAUUACUGAGAGCUUUUCAGCUUCAAAUCCAUAAACUGGCGGAAGGCAGAACCAAGUUGUCCAUAGUCUAUACAGUCUAUAGGAAAACCCAAUAAAGAACAUUUUUAAUGUUUCAAAUCUUAACUUUGUGCUAAACAAAAACCCAUUACCUAAAGAAGCAGGACUACUGCAUAUUUAGGUUUAAUUCUUAGCAGGUGUAGAAGUGUUUCCCAAAAAAGUAUUCUAACAUCACAUUGUUUCCCUUCUACCAGCCUCAGAGGCCUAAGAUGGUGAUGGAGUACUGGUCAGGCUGGUUUGAUGUCUGGGGGGACCUUCAUCAUGUUUUCUCUGCUGACGGUAAGACAGACUGAAGACAGAUUGACAGUUUUUCUUUGGCCCAAUCUACAGUAUCCCUGAUAAGAGGGUGUCAGGUGAUCUCAUGAGAGUGAGACAGGGUUAGUGCGGGAUUGCUCUUAGUUGAGAAAACAGUCAUUCACUGUACAGCGGGUCGAUAAGACCGACCAAUUUCAGUCUCAGGUAAGAAAGAUUUUGUGCCGUGAGCCCAUGUAGAAUCUCUGAGAGGAAAAACAGCCCAUCUUGUGGGUGAGACAGUCUUACUGCCUCAGGUGAAGAAAGGCUUAAGAGAACCUUUUUAGCUGCAAUAAAACAGUGUCUGUGCAAGGAGAAAAUCAAGGUAAGAAAAGGCUUGCAGCUUGGGGGGUUGGGCAACAUAAAUUCUCCAGAGAGAGUAAGACAGUCUUGAACUCUAGUUCCUUCAUAAAAGACACAGAGCCCUCCCUGUGCAGGUGGGAUACACCACAUAUGGUCAUUUUUUCUUCUUUUCUGACUUUGUUUCUUCCUCUUCACUUUGUCUUUCAGCCAUGUAUUUGAUGUUCAGAGGGCAGAUUUUCAAACACCCCUCUUUGUAACUGCUCUACUUAUUCUGACUGGUUCUACUCAUCACUGGUGGAAGUGUUUGUAGGUCUCACAAUCAUUUGAUGUUCUCACACUGAUUUGUUUUACACAGAAACUGUGUAAUACUCCCACAUUGGACAUGUUUUCUUUCAUAUUUGAUCAUUAAAAUAAAUCAGCUUGUCCGGCAGGGGACUUCUUCUGCCUGAUAAAAUAACUUCUCUGAUUUGGCAAUGGGCAGAAAGGCUUACAUCAGUAUGAUUAAGAUAAAGACUGAGAUAAAGAUAGGAUGUCACAGGAUAUAGUUAAAGAUACUGUAGGUGUAAGUGUAAUGCUGUAAUGACUACCCCCCCUCCCCCAAAGUAGUCUAAUUCUGAUUCUAAACACGGCCGAUGUUUGCUGAUACCGAUGUUAUUAAAAUUAUUUAAAAAUGCUAGUUACCAAGUCUUUCUUGCAGCUCUACUAAUUUUUGCCAAAUAAGUAGACUAAAAACUAUAGCUGUCAAAUUCAGGUUGUUUGUUAAAACAUGUAGAACUUCCACUUGAUGCGUGAUGGUGUAAAAUUAUAACUUUGCAUAAAAUGAAAAUAAUACAGUUUUUAUCUCUGGUUGCUUUUUUUGUUUGUUUGUUUUUCAUGUCCUUCCAAAAAAGUUACACGAAACCUUGACGUGCUGCUUAUUACUGAAUGUCUUACUUACUUUUUUGGGCACAUUUUGGUAGGUUAGCAAUAUUUUUAAUAAAGCUCAUCAUUACUUUUUGGUUUAUUGGUCACCUAUUAAAAUGAUGAAAAAAAGAAAGAGGAAUAUUCCCUCACAGAUGCCUAUGUUACAUUUUGACCAUGUCUUAUUGAAGUGAUACAAAAUAUUUUUAAAAUGCAUAAAAACUUUCCAUUUUAAACCUGCAACUACCAAAUUUUUGAAACUGUUGCUUGUUAUGUAUUUAUUUUUAUCAAAUCUAAAUUUGGUUUAUGGAUAAUCAAUUCAGUUUUUAUGUCAGUUGCAUGUCACAAACUCACACACCUUAAGCUACUAAGGUGGCAUAAAAUUGUCCCUGCUGUCCAUGUGGGUCCAACCAUUCAACCGCAGACUGUAUAAAGAGUGGACGCCGUCUGCCUCCUUGCUGGGUGGAACCAGUCCAAGAACAGCACCCUCUGGUGAUGGGCUGCAGUAUAGGUCAUAAAUCCCGCCUCUUCCAGCAAUCCCUAUGGAGCUGUGGACGAACUUUUGGAAAUUAAUUACACAGAAUAUGAAUUUUUCUACUCCCUGGUUGCGAUGUUGACAUGUAGUUACUGUAAGACUGGUUUGUGUUCAAGUCCUCUUUUUUCUGUACAGCUCCAUUUUUAAAAGUUAUUUGGGGGGUUCUUGUUUUCUAUACGAAGAUUUACCCAGGGGAUACGCUGUUUGAGUCGAGUGUCAUCACAGCGACUCUUGGCGACUCUCCCGCCGAAUGUGUACAAUGCUACUGCAAAAGCGGUGGAGUGCGUACAGCAUUACUGCCCAAUGUUGGUUUCAGGAAAUGGAGAGAAAACGUGGAAUUAACAAGAGCUCCGAAAGGUGGAACCAAGUUGUCCAUUGCAUGUACAAUCUAUGGUCCCAACAGUAGUGAGCACUGGUGUAAUAUAAAUGAACCAGCUGCUUGCCCAUAUGCACUCAAGUAAUACCAGCUAUAUAACAUGCUCCACCUGAGUGUGAUAUUUUUUAGUAUAAUGUUUAGGUUUGGCACCGGUUCUUCAUAGAGAAGUCACAGACCUUGGUAUGACCGUCGUGUGAACUCUCGUGGACAUCCUCUUUUAAACACACGGUGAAAAUCUCCAAGCUUCCUUCUUACUCUUGGUCAUCCUCAACAGUCAUCCACAUCCCAGCAAUGAGAGAAAAACUGAAAAUGAAAAAGGCUUCUGUAUAGUUUUUCCUCUCAGUGUGAGUGAGAAGAAAAACAGCCCCUCAUCAUGCAGAAAGUGUCACAGCUAUGAAAUGAGUGCUGGAAUAUUCUGAGGGGAUUCAUGUCCUUGACAGUUCAGUGCUCUGCAGACUGUAACUCGCCUGGCAGUUGGUCACAGCUAGUGGCACAACCAUGAAAGCAACCAGUGUGCCUUUGUCACUCAUCCCGCUCGAUUGUUAUUCACUGAGGCUCAUGCCCUUGAUUCAAAUCAUUAAAGUCAGUCGGUUUCACCAUUCAAAUGCAAUUCGAAUGCUUAACUACCUGCUCUGGCAUGUUACCUGCAAAUGGAAAGUAGCUCAUUUGUGGUGGGGGGUUGGUCAUUUUUUCAUAGGUGUAAGCAUUACCCUUUAAUGAAUUGUAGCAAUCAGUAAUAGGAUGUGGGUCUGAGGUCUGUCCACAUCUCAAUUGAAGUGGAACUGAGGGUGGGAGGAAUAAUUGAAACAACGCCCCGUCUUGUUUCAGCUUAAAUCAAACAGAUUUUCUCCUCUGUGUUUCUUAACAUCGAGCUUUUACUGAACUCGUCUUUUAAUGUACCCAGGUUUUAUCAGCGCCAUCAAGCCAUAGCAUAGACAUUUUAAUAUCAAAGUGGAUGAAUUUGUUUUUUACAUGUUUGUAAUUGACAGAGAUGUUGCAAGUGGUCACGGCGAUCCUCAAACUGGACAUGUCCAUCAACCUCUACAUGUUCCACGGAGGGACGAAUUUUGGCUUCAUGAGUGGGGCUCUUGCUCAUCGACUACCAACUCCGAAAGCUAUGGUUACUAGCUAUGGUAUGUGUUAAUAAAUGUAUAUGUAUAUUUAUUCACUUUAAUUUUUAAACACCUGAAUAACUCCUGUUGAGUAGAAUUAGAAAGAGAGUUUUUCCACAAGGAUUUAGGACAGAAGUAUACUCAGGAGCUGAGAUUUCUGCUUUUUCUACUUUUAAAUUUCACAUUUUAUUAUUGUUUGCUAAAUAAUAAAUCAAAACAAUAAAGAAUUACACUUCAUCCUUUUACCUUUACAAAAUACAGUUUGUUUAUUUGUUGUGCUUGAAACAGAUAUGAGUAGAUUAAGGCCAUGAUUAAGACAUAUGAUUUGGAGAUGGUGCCAUUCCACCUCCUAAGCCCUUGACCUUCAUAUUCGUUAUAAUUUGAAGACGACCGAGAUGCGCUCUAAUGACUUCAUUACCCAAUAAAAUGCAUGAGGAUUGUAAAUUAAAGACGGUAGAAUGGUUUUAUAGCCUCCUCUGAGGGAUCUUACAUCGUAAUGACCUCCUUGGGAAAAGAGGUGAAUUCUGAAAACUGCUUCACAGCAGGAAGGGCCACCUCUGACCUCUAGCAGUCAUCACACCUGUGUUUACUCCUCUGAAUGCCCUCCAGCUUCUUCUUUUUUUUCUUCCCUCAAACGGCUCCAUUUUCUGUCAAGAUAACCCAAAAUGUAUUUCAACCCACCGCUGUCUCAAGAUGUUUGAUAGGGGAGCACUGUGAAAGCAUCUGCCACGGUAAGAGGCAUCCCUGCCUCUCUCUGGCUCCCGAGCCUGCUGUUCUGAUAGCGCAUUAUCUUUCAGAUUACGAUGCUCCAUUAUCCGAGGCUGGGGAUUACACCACCAAGUACCAUCUUCUGAGGAAUUUAUUCAGCCUCUACCACAGUGAGUGUUGCUUGUUGUUGGAGAGAUGGGCUUGUCAUCUUCUGUCUCUCUUUCUCUUUCCUCCCUUUCAUCUUCCCUCUUGAGUUAAUUCUUCUCGUUCAACCUGAUCUCUGUUGGCUAAAGUAGGAUCAUUUUGCAUGUGGCUACAAGCAUAGAUUAGCUACGGGUUUGUGAAAGUGUGUGAGAUUUUUCACUCAGUCGAAGACCCUCAAUUACCUCCCACUAUAGAAAUCGCGUCGGCCUUUUAAUGCGUUUGUUCCUCGAGCAGUUUUCUAUUUGUAAAACAAGGGUUUGUGGUCAGGGGCAGAUGUCUCAAGUGUAUUGUGGCCUGGACUAGACCUGGAUUUGAAAUGUAGCUUUGAGCUAUCUGGGACUGAAUCCAGCACAACAAAGUUAUGAUUUGCCCAGAGUUUAUUGUGAUUGAAGAUCAUUUGAAAGGCAGUGUGUGCGUGAUUCAUCCUUAUGUUUUGUAGUCUGUUAAACAAUGAGCAGUGGCCUGAAUAUGAGAGGCAGUCUGAGAAGGCUUUGUGUUUCACUCAGCAACCACAAACCCAUGACCUAAUUCCUGAUUAGAUCAGCUUAAUAUUUCAUCAUUGUUUGGUUUUCAAACCAUUUACAUAGUGUGAGCUACCCUGUAGACUCUGGUGUUGUUUUUGUUCAAUUUGGCAAGGACUGAGGCUAAUCUGUCAAAGUCGAACACUGAUCUUUGACAACAGCAUGCCUCUCAAAGUAGACCUGUGACACAUUCGCUGUAGGGUUUUUUGAAAGCUGUCAGAGUUUGAACAAAAUAAUAUUAAUAAAUGACAUGGCAUCAAAGGAGCUACACAUUCACCCGUCCUGCUCGGUAUGUGCAUGUACAGUGUGCCAGCUCUGAAUCACUCCUAUCAGUUAGGAUUUUAUGCAUUUGCAUAGUUUUCUAAUUCCACUGCAAAAAGCGAGGUGCCAAGAUCGACUAACUCAAACCCCACCACAUGCUUUACCUCUAACACAACACAACGCCACGGCAUGUUCUGAACCAAACACAUGAAUAGUCAUGUUUUAAUGUCCUUUUUUUUUUUUUCCUCACAUUUACAUUAUAAUAACACAGUUCAUAGAAAUGUUGUUUAAAUGAGCUCUCUCCUGAACUGUGAGCUGACACAUGCUGUAAACCAUUAACAGUGAUGGCCUUUGUCGUCAAAGCUUUUGUCAAAUGAUCCAGCUGUUACUGCUGGGUGUUAAGAAAAUACUGUAAAGUGUUCUCCAGAGGCAGGGUUGGUGUCUCGGCGUGCUUUAACACAUCUGAAAGCAGUGAGAGGGUGAAGGCAACCUCUGGUUAUGGAGGGUAAUAUGGAGCACAGAGACUGUAAGCUGGUGUAGAGGUGAAUGGCUCAACCAAACGACAUGUUACAUUACUAACCCUCAUCCUGAAUGACUAAGAUAUGAAAGGGAUAUUAUGGUGUAAAAUUAACUUAGGGUCAAACACAUCGUAAAACCGAAUUAGACACCUCCUUGAGAGAUGAAUGUUGCGGACCGCUUGCUUCUCUAGUCAUACCAACUUUAGUAACGACCGCACGAUAGCAAAUCACAGCGGUCUAUGGAACAACACACAAACCUCAACCAAAAAGCCACUCUAUAGCCACAAAUAAUGUCCAGAAGAGCAUCUAACUUCAUCAACAGUACAUAUAGGGUCCCAGCCAUAGCACAAAGAGACUAACUACAACUCACCUACUCUCUUCCAGCAGCCGCUUGUUUGUAGGGAGAGCUCGGACGAGUCCAUCACUGACUGCAGCGGGCAAGGAAGAACAUUCAUGAUCAUUACUUUAUCAUUUCCUUGAUUCAUCAAAAUAAUCAUUUUGCACUUCAGACGCGGUAGUUCUUCUGCCUUAGCAUCACGGUCUGAUUGCAUUUCCACCAAGAAAAGUCUAACUCUGCAUUACAGUGUAUUUGACCCUAACUUAAUUUUACACCGGAAUAUCCCUUUAAGGGGUAAAGUAAAAAAUAAUUGGUCAACUUUUUUUAGAGGGAUCAUAAUGGUUUGCCUUGAAUUCCAUUAUCUCUGUGAUUUAUAAGUUUGUAUUUGUAAAAAAUUGGCCUUUAAAAAAGCUGCGUUAGAAAUCAUGAAUCUCUCCAUCUCCAAAACCAUCUUAUUGCAUGAUUGUGGUCAUUACUUGUCUAUGUUUAUAUGUCUUUUAUUAGACAAGUGUAAAUACAGACAAAGUAAACCUCAUGAUUCAUCUAAAAGUACCCUAAAGGGGUUAUUUGUGCUGGUUUGUAUCUCCUGAGUAAAAAGAAAAUUCAGACAGAUGAACUGGAACUACCACUCAUUUUCCUCUCUUUUUUCUCAGCCCAGCCUCUGCCUGAACUGCCCUCUCUCCACGAGAGGAGGGCGUACCAGGCUGUUGUUAUUCAGCAGCACCUGUCUCUGUGGGACAGCCUGAGUUUUGCUGACAAGGUAAACUUCAGACAUUCAGAGAGGUGUGGUAUCAAGAAACACUAGGCAUGUAGGAUUGCUGUGACACAGUAUGACACAGAACACUCACUAGAGAGGUUAUACACAAAAACCAAUAAAACAGAAGCAAUAUUUCUGAUUUGAAAGGUAAAGUACAUACAUCUCUUUUCCAUCUGAAUCUGAACUUUCAACCACCAUGCAGGUCCAGCUUGAACCAUAACACCUGUUAAAAAAUUCAGAGAUCAGAAUCAAUAAUAUCCAACCCUUUAUAUGAGCAGCUGCUACAAUAGUGCUCUUGAGUCACACACCCAUCUCUAGCCGCACUUGAGGCCUUGCACUGUGACCAUCAAAAUGUACGACUAGACUAUGCUUUAGAGCUGUACAGUUAUUUGGAAAAAGAGCAAAGUAGAAAAUCUCUAAUAAAAGUUCAAAAACUUGUUUGGAGGGUGUCAUAAUGUCUGUUCGCUUUCAUGUCCACCACUUUAGUUGAGCCAUUUACACCAUGCUCUUCAGGGCCAUUUAUAUUCACACCAGAUGUAGCACGUCUGGCAGUUGCUUACAACAUUAAUUAUUCACUCCCCGUCGCAAUAAUUUGCUUCCCUCUGAGACAACAAUUACUUUGCCCCUGACCAGCCACAUGCCCUUGCUUAAAAAGAUGCUUUUCUCUUCAGUGGCUUCAGAGCGACUGAGUGGGAUGUUAGAGUUUGAUAUUGCAUCUGUGUGUUUAGAGGUAGGUGGUUAAUCGUGUCAUAGCAGGAAGUGUUUAUUGUCUUGUGAAAAGUGCAUAAUGCAGUCUCCCGAGGGUAUGCAAAAGAAUGAUGCUGAAUAAAAGAUCUGCUCUGUAUGCCAGACAUGAAAGCUUCAUUGGGUUUGAUAAAUCAUAGCCCCAAAUGAAAUGUGCUUGUAAAUGUGAGAUUGAGCAGCAAGACUCAAAAGAUCCCAUCUGUAUUGACAGGAUUUUUAAGAUUAUAAGUGUUUUCCAUUUAAAAAGCAAAUAUUAUGUAACUGUUUCAGAAAGCACCUAUAAAAACAUACAGUAGGGGAGACCGGGGCUUGUUGUCACACUUUUCACACUCUGAUAUAUUUCUUGGAAUCAAUACGUCAUAUAUAAACAAAAUGUGUACCAGGUGAAAGACCAAAGUCUCAGGUGUAUAUUUCAUAUUUAAGUCAUUUUUAUAUCUUGUGUCAGUGCAGAGUUAUAAGCAAUCAAAUAGAGAGUGUGAACAUGUGACAUCCCGGAGGAUACGCUGUUUGAGCCUAGCAUCAUCACAGCGACUCUCGGCGACUGCGCGCCCGAAUGCGCACAUCGAUACUGCACACCGCUGGUUUCAGGAAAUGAAGAAAAAUCCCGGAAAUACCGUGAGCUAUUUGGCUUCAAAUCUGUAUACAGGCGGUAGGCGGAACCAAGUUGUCCAUAGUAUAUACAGUCUAUGGUCCAGACAUAUCACUGCUAGGAUUUUUAUCUGGAAGCAACUUAUUUUAAAAUAUAUUAAUUUUUUUUUUUUUUUUACUUUGGGUUGUGGGAAAUGCUUAAUUGGCGCUCAGCUCACAAUGUACUCUUCUCUUCUCAGACAGGACAAGACCCCUGACCAUGUAAAGGAAGAAAACUAGUAUUACACUUUUUAGUUGUGCCCUCUGGUGGCAAAGAUAAUUGCAAUGUGACAACUUACCUAUGUGACAACAUGCCCCGGUCUCCCCUACAUAUCAACAUGCAUUUUUGCAGCAUUUUAAACACCUAUUUUAUGUCAUGAGUUCUGCUUCAAGCUCUUCAUUUGCAUGUUUUCUAGCCUCUAAAGUCUGAGAAGCCUGUGAACAUGGAGAACCUUCCUGUCAACAACAACAAUGGUCAGUCCUAUGGCUACACACUGUAUGAGACCGUCAUCACAACUGCAGGAACCCUCAACUCGAAGAAUAACGUCAGAGACAGAGCACUGGUAAAGACAGAUAUGACUAAUACUGAAAUAAGGCUGCUACAGUCCAGUGUUAACCCUUCUGUGCGAGAACAAGAGUAGAGCUGUAACCCAGGGUGCCGCUAGUUGUUCUUAAACAUUUCCUGGUGUGUAGUUCACACCAAUUGAUACACAAAAUCUUCUCUGAAUGACUGAAUGUGAAGUGAAGACUCGUGCUUUGUACUCUCAAAAAUCUCUGCUCGUCAGAUGAAUUGUAAUUUUACCCCUGUAGGUUUUUGUGAACAAACAUUUUGUUGGUGUUCUGGAUUACAAGACACAAGAGCUCCCACUCCCCGAUGGGCAGGUACUGUGUGUGUGUGUGUCUGUGUGAUUUUCUCCCUCUGUAUGAAGUUUAAAGCCGGUCUGCUGUUCGCAUCUUUGUUAAGGAUGAAGUUAUUAAUAUUUAAUGUCACACAGUUGUGUGAAAGCUUCAGGGGAUGCUGAUAGAUCUUUCUGGCAGCAUGUUCCCGGCAUUAAGCCAGCAGCAGACCUUCAAAUGACUGUUUAUUUUAACAAAUUUGAAUAGCAAAUGUCAACCAUCAAUUACUAAAACCAGACUGGCUCAAAGCUUCUUUUUUUUCAUGUCAAUUAUUUUUAUGAAGAAAUGCAUCCCUUCUUUUACUUACUUUCCACUGAAGGGAAAAAGGACUUUAAGUCUACUGGUGGAGAACUGUGGAAGAGUGAAUUAUGGAAAAACGCUGGAUGAGCAGCGCAAAGGUACAAAUUUUUCAUUAAACUGAUAGUUUUGUAGGUUUCAUUUGGCACCAGUCUUUCCUGAUAAUCUUCCUCAUUAUAAACCUUGAGUCAGUAAUUUACUGUGUCUUAAGAUCCCCAAAAUACUUGAAGCAGCUUUGACUUGCCUUUCAGGACUCAUUGGAGAUAUCGAGUUAAACAAGCUCGUCCUCCGAGACUUCAUUAUUCAUAGUCUGAGUAUGAAGCCAGGCUUUGUAAACAGGUUUGUGUUUUUCAAUUAUUAUCAGUUUCCUCUCCAUGUUUGUGUUUCUCUGUCAUUACACCUGCCUGCUCCUGAUUUAAUCUAGCCGAUUAUCUCCUUGCUUAGCACAAUUACAAUUCGAACACGAGGACAAAAUUCACAAAUAGAGACAAAGCCGUUUAGUUCAGCAGCUCUUGUUAAACAUGAAAUCAAAAGCAGUACGGUAAUAAGAAAAGAGAAGAGUCGGAGAAGAUGUGUUCUGCAAAGACUCUUUUCUGAGACUUAAUGUGUGCUUUUUUUUAAAAAUAAACCAGAAACUAAACAGAGUGUGCAUUAUUAAAUCAUAGACAAGAAUAAAGCAUGAAGCUAGUGGAUCAAUUUUAGAGACACAGGCUUUAUUUAGCUGAAAGAACCUUGUUUGAAAGUCGGCAUUAAGAGCCAGUUCUGACAAAAAUGUUACACAGACUGACACAGAGCUGUGAAAAAGGAUCAAAGGAGUCCGAUUUAGAUUUGUUCGAUCUGUUUUGAAUCUAAAAUGUCUUUGAUGGUUUAAUUUUUAUGUAGUGUACAUGUUGUGACACAAAUGUACCACUUCACUUUGUAUGUUGUAGGAUUUCUGUCGUAAACAACAUCAGAGUCCCUAGUGAUACACCAGUCAGAGGAUUAUACUCAUGUAUAAUAGGAUGUGUACUUUUUUCAGAUGAACAAUUGCAGUGUCUUUACUUCAGCAUUAUCCCUAAGAAUGUCAAGACCUGAGGCCCUGCAGGAAUGAACGCUGAAAAUGCACAAACAAGGACAGAAUUUUGGUCUUAUAUAAUGGCAACCUUUAAAUUCACUUGGAGGCAAAACAUAACCUACUGUACAGCCAAAACAAAGACUGAAUAUUUCCCUGGCAUCUGUGCCCAAAGUUAACUUGACAUUUACUACAGGCAUACUAAUAUGAAUUACAUGAUACACUGUAUGCUGCUGCCUUGCCCCCUCAAAAUCAGGGGUGAUGGAUCUUUUUAUUUUAAAAAUAAUAAAUGUGGGAUUUAUCCCCCUUUUAACAGGCUUGAAAAUGCAGGUCAGUGGAUGUCAAUGCGUCAGAAACCCUCCUUCCCAAGUUUUUUCCAGGCCAAACUCUAUGUGAACAGUUUUCCUAAAGACACCUUUAUCAAACUCCCUGUAAGUAUGACCGUCUUCAAGUUGUCUGUAAUUCAAUUAAACUGACAGGCCUCUCUCUUCAUAACAGUGCAGUGAAUUACUUACAGUUUGGGGUAUUUUUCCCAACUUUACAGGGUACCGCUAAAUUUAAAGAUACAAUGUGUAGAAUAUAUUGCCAUUAGCGAGAGCUUGUAUUUGUUUAAGAUAAGAUUCAUGUUGUUAUAGCAUGAAAGGCUUACUGUGUGUUUUUUUUUUAAGUCAUCAAGUAAAUUUUUCUACCCCUGAGUGUUUCACUGGCUUGACCUGCCUGUUGUCGUAGUGAAACAUUUACUGGUUGUGUUUACAGGGUUGGGGAAAAGGUUUCGUGUUUGUCAACGGGAAAAAUCUGGGGCGGUACUGGUCCAUAGGUCCUCAGCAAACUCUCUAUGUCCCAGGCCCAUGGCUGCAAAGGGGGAAUAACCAGGUACAGUACUGAUGUAUUGAUUUGUGUGUAGGAGAUGGUUUUUUCAGAAGGGUAUGGCACAUUUUAGCACACUAUCUUUCACCAUGCAUACUCGCCUGUUCAUAAUUUUCUGAACCAUAUUCUGAUGAAGACUCAGCUGAGUCAAAACGUGUCAACAUAUCCCUGCUUUUUAAAGGGUUUUUGCUGCAAUAGAGUGCCUCAGAUUUAAGUUUUUGACACCAUUUUUUUCACAGGAAACAUUCUUUGAAAAUAACCAAGACAAUUAUCCUUUCUGUCUUUUAAAGGGAUAUUCCUGCGUAAAAUUAAUUUAGGGUCAAACACACCAUAACACAGAGUUAGAAACCCCCUCGAGAGAUGAAUGUUGCUGACCGCUUGCUUCUCUAGUUAUACCAACUUUAGUAAGGACAGCAGGAUAGCAAUACACAGUGGUCUGAGGAGCCAUCAACAAACCUAAACCAAAAUGCCAUUCUACAGCCACAAAUAAUGCUCAGAACAGCACCUAACUUCAUCAACAGUACAUAUAGGGUCCCAGCCAUAGCACUAGCCACCAAACAUCUUUUUCGCUCUGCCUUAUUUCCUUAUCAAAGAGACUAAACACAACUCACCUACUCUCUUCCAGCAGUCGCUUGUUUGUAGCGAGAGCUUGGACUAGUCCAUUAUUGACUGCAGUGGGGGGACGCAGCUCAGGAAGAACAUUUAUGAUAAUUUCUUCAUGGAAAUGCAACCAGGCCGAGACACUAAGGCAGAAGAACUACCGCGUCUGCUGUGCAAAAUGAUUAAUAUGAUGAUUACUGAAAGAAAAUGAUAAAGUAAUGAUCAUAAAUGUUCCUCCUCCAGCUGCGUUCCCCUGCUGCAGUCAAUGAUGGACUAGUCUGAGGUCUGCUACAAACAAGGGGCAACAUUCAUCUCUCAAGGGGGUGUCUACCUCUGUGUUACAGUGUGUUUGACCUUAAAUUAAUUUUACACCAGAAUAUCUAUUUAAACUGAUUCAUGAUUGUAAUUUUGAUUCUCAAUAAAGAACUUUUAGGAAAAUAAAUAAUGUACUGUACAAACCAAAAAUACAAAUCCAUAUCCAUGCAGGGAAGAGCAAUUUAAGUGUCAUGUUUUCAUUUUUCCAUCACACACUUUUAUAUGAAGUUUUAGAAAAUUCCAAAAUGACCAUCACUGUUGCCAUGACAAUUUCUCAUAUCUUGUUUUACUUAAAAGUGUUUUAUUAGUGGAGAAAUUUUCACACAGGAAAAGUGUGAUCAUGUUUGGCAUAUUUUGUGUGAUGAAGAAUGUCUCCAGUGAAUAUUAGCUGGAAAAAAUGAUCAACUCCACAGUUUUUCCUGGGCAUAUUCAUCCAAGUUAUUUUGCAUUUUGUGCACAGAUGACUUCAGUACGAUGAUUCAUCAAAGAAAGUGUAGCGGCCAUUAGUCAGAUUAAAUUGAAAUUUUGUGUAAAUUCAUUGCGCAAAACCCAUCUUUAAUCAUCACUGCCCUAAUAUUCAAAGGUCUUAUGUACUCUGAAGGGAUUUUCUAUAACGCAACCUUUUAAGAACCUCAUGGCUGAAUUUCUAACUUUCAUGUGUUGUGAUUUCUUUUUCGUCCAGUUUUCUUCCCCUCCGCUUGUACAGAAAGCAUAUCACGAGCCAGCAGAUACUGUGCACAGCUGCUGUUAUACAUCACCCUGUGGUUCUGAUGUGGUUGAACUCUGGAGCUCGUUCUGUUUAAGAUCUUUGCUACAGUAUCUUUGUACAUCCCUGACUUGCCUGACCCAACUUUCCGUUUUUCUCUAUGUAUUGAUAUUUGCGCUCAGCCACCCACUUUCUUCGCCCUUUCACGACCUUUGCUUAACUAUUUAUUUUUGUUUUGUUGCAGGUCAUAGUUUUUGAAGAGCAGGAAUCAGAUGGUAAAAUUCAGUUUGCCAGCAACCCUGACUACGGCAUGCCCGUUGAUGUCCAGUGAAAGCAGGAGGCAAGAGGGGAGGACGGACGAGGUAGCUGAGAUGAUGGGAGAGGGCAUGACUCAGACGAUGACUGUUUUGAUCAGUCGGAUAACACAAGUCAGCAAGUGUGACGUGUUGUGCCCAAUCAGACCAUUUUUGUGGCUUUCUGUUGAUUCCUUUCUAUUUAAUUUUAACACCUGUGUCAACAUUUCAUGUACUGCAAAACUGAGAAUCAAAAGAUUGUGACAGAAAAUGUUCUAAUAAAGAGUUUCUCUCUUUUCACGUUUUUUUAAACCUCUAUCUCAGAAGGGAAACUAACUUGAAGCUGGUUUGACCUCUGUGUCAGAAUCCAGGGCCAAUGAUGCUUGCAUUAUUUAUCCUGCAAACUCAAAAAUGGUUUUGGACAAAAUGGGUGUUUUUUUAUAUUUUUCCUCCUACGAUUUCAUGUAACCCUCAACAGAGAGUUCAAACCACAUGCUGUGUUUGAAAUUCUUUACACUUCUCCAAUGUAUUGUGUGUAAAAGUCAAGUUAUCUUCAUGGUUACCACCUUUUGAUAACAAAGCCACAAAGAAGCUGUGCUGUUGCUUCUGAGGAUUAAAAGUUCUCUUUUUCAGAUUUGUACAAGGCUAUCAAAAAUGUAUGCGAGAGGUGACUUUGUGACCAGGGUUAUCAUGCUGAAAAUCUUGGAUCCGACAGCAUCAGCUAUUCAUUAAUCAUGAAACUUACUUGUUGUGUAUAGACUUGUUUUUAUCUCAUAGUUGAACUGGAAAAAAGUACACUUUGUGACACUGCUUAUGAAGCAAACUUUGGAUAAUAAGAAUGAAAGUAAAAUAAGGUUGUCAAGGUAUGACUGUUUUAACUUUUGGAGGAAAAGUAAUAGAGUCAAAAGGUCUUACAAGAAUAUUCUCUUGGAAGAUUAUUAAUGCCAUUUCACAACAGAAAAUCAACCUCAACAAUAUUAGCCCUUUAAUGCCUGACAGCACAAAUUAUGGUAAGAAAAUUCUUUUUUUUUUAUUUUAGCUGAAAUGUUUAUUUCACUUACUACUGAAAACCCCAAAAAUCAAAAUGUCCUUAAAAUUUAACAAAAAUAUUUAUUUAUCUUGUUUGAUACAUUAGUUGUUUUUGGAAACUAAUAAACAACAAGAGAACAUUUUUAUCAUUUAUCAGACUGUAUUCAGGUGUUUUUUUUUUAGUAAUUUGUUGAUCAUAUUGAUUUGAUUAAGUAUAUAAAAGUAUGUAUCAAAUAUGAUACAAAAGGCGUUAAAAAGUUAGUUAAGGUAGUUGCUACGGAAGACGAGAAUGGUGACAGAUUUUUAACUUUUUUUUUUUUAUACGCGCUAUUAUCUCAUGAUAAUCACUUCUCUCAUUCUCUCGAUAUAACAGUUUCUUUUCUCUUGAUAACAAUUUUUUAGUUUGUUGUCUUGACAUAACAAAAACUGUUUUCUUGUAAUAACGCUUAUUUUCUAAAACGCCCUCCAGAUUGGGAUAUUUCUGAAACGCUGCAGCCACCAUUGUUAACAGCAAGCCAUGGGAUUUCACACUACACUUUAAACGUCAGAACAUUUAACUGCCAUACACAAAUCUGCACAUUAAUUAAUUUUUAAUCAAGAGAAAACAAACUUUAUGUUGAGAUAACGAGAUAAGUUGUUAUCAUGAGAUAACAGUGCAUACAAAAAUGAAAAUUCAUGUAUUCUGUAAGUUACAACCCAAAAACUGAACUUUAUAUUGUGGUGAAAAGUGUACUGCUGUACUAAGGUAUCAUAAAUAUGUGUAUUUCC